AGUCGUGGACCCUUUUUUCCACUUCUUCCCCCUUGUUCCCCGCGAAAAAGAAUUCUAGUCGUCUUUAAUGUGUUUCUGAAGUUUUGACAAAAUUUGUUUUCCUUAUUUUCAUUUAAGUUCAUUUUCAUCUUCCAUUCGAGACCCAGACAUAUUUUUAUUUGCACUUGAUAGCGAAGCAGAGGCAGUAGCGGAGCAAGACGAUGGCGACGAAAACGGCCGCCGCGCUCCUGUGCGCGUACCUGGUUUUGUUCGACGGCCCUAUUGGUUUCCUGUUCGUGUCCGCGGUGGCGCGCCACUUUCUCGAGCCGACGCGGGAGCGGGGAAGCACAACCUCUGACGAAAAUACGGCCGCGGGAAAUGAGAGGAUUCUAACGGCGGUGACCAUCGGCGCAGAUAGCGAGACGGAACCUGCUCCGGCGCAGUCUACUACUUUUGUCGACCACGAAGAGGCGACGCCCGCGGCGAAGGGCGAAAUCGAUGCAGCUGUGGACACGACUGCAAGCAGCGCAGCGAGCGAAACGGCGCCACCCGGCGAGGUCGUGGUUGCGCGAGAAACUGCGCCUGCAGCCGGGGACGGCGCGACGGGCACUCUGUUUCUUGAACGAGAAGCAGCAGCUGUGGACCGGCGGGGAGAACAGUCUUCACGUGAAUUCGCCGAAGACCCCCGUUUCGGAUCGAUCGCACACGGUAAGGCACUUGUGGAAAAAGCUAUGGACAAGCAAAAUGGAAAAUGGGUAUCUCGAUUUGACGUCAACCCCGUCCUUGAUGAAUACCGGGUUGCUUUCCGGCUCGUGCUCCAGAAGAACGCGCUCAAACAGGACGCGUGCCCAAUCCAGAUGACCAGCGCUGAGAUUCAAUCUUCUGACCCCGCCACGAGUUCUGAGGCACAGGUUGAACACGCCACGAGGUCUGCGCCUGAGGCUUCUUCUCCGCAUGAUUCUUGUGCGGAAGAAGUGUUGCAGUGGGUACGCGGAAGAUUUUUGGUUGAAGAUGAUAAUGCGGUUGGUGUCCAUGAGAAUCCAUUCUUGACCUUGCACUCGCACCUCCUCGUCGAUUUGAACGGAAGUGAAACUUCAUCGAAUUUGCGGACCGUGUGCCAGGGGGAAAUCACAAAGCUCAAGAAGGCAGCAACGGAGUCUGGUCCGUAGGCACUGCAAAUAUGUCUUGGUCUGGAAACUUGCGAUGCUGGUUGAUCGCAGUGAUCGAGCAUCGUCUCCAGUGCGGCCAAGCAUGGCAAAUUUCUGUGACGCCUUCUCAUGCGUAGCGCUCAUUAGAGACUGCUUAUUUUUUGCCAAAAAAUAAAAGAAGUCGCGCUUUUGUUAGUCACGCAACACAGAUUUCGCAGUCAUGUACGCCAGGCAAUACACAAGGGACAGGCUCCACUUUUCCAGACCCAGGAGACAUAUUUGCACUUAAUACUGUGUCGUGGUGGGCAAAUUUUAAGGCCAGAACGCACUUUCGUCUUUUUCCAGUGUAUGCCAAGAAAAAAGUGUUAGAGUACUAGAUGUGCACAUACGUUGAUUGUGUAUUGUAGUUUCUGGCCAAGCACGUGCACGACUGCAGCGAAGGUCUGCAAUGCAAGACAUGCUCAAGAACACGAGUCUAGGUUCAGCAUCCGUGCUGUUUUCCCUCAUGAUCAUCUCUGCAUUGAAAAUUUGCUCGGUGAUGAGGUAGGAGGAAACCUGUGUUGCUGGAGUUACAGCAAAUCUGUGAAGAAGACUGUAGGUCCUAACACUUUUGUUUUCUUGGCAUACAGAAUACGCGACCAAGCGGUAUGUGGUGCUGCCGUUGCUGAAAAAGGCACUGCAUCGCUGCGAGGAAUUUGCCUCCGAGGAGCUUGCGCGGUCGAAGGCUGCAGAUGAACGAACUGGAGCUGAAAAGCGCUUUUCUACAGAAGGCCCACCGGCAGGUGCACCAGGACCGGCACGUGCACCAGGCGAGGCAGGAGCUGGACGGGGAGUCGCGUCAGGGCCCGCGGUCGAGCUGCGUCAGGGCGCCACUGCCGCAGCCGCGUCACGCAUCGAACCCGCCGCACCCGCCGCAGCCGCGUCACGCAUCGAAUUCGCCGCACCCGGCGCAGCUGCGUCACCGAUCGCACCGGCAGCAGCCGCCGACCGGCCCGCAGUCAAAGGCGCACCAGCGGGUGCUUCUCCAGCUCACAGUGGGCCUGCGAGGCCCUCGGGUGUGGGCGUGAGCGAGCCGAGCCGGCCCGGGUCUGCUUCCCCCGCACCCGGCGGGCAUCAACGUGCGAAUCCCUCGGAUCCGGGAGCAGGUAAGCGCACGCCUAUAGCAGCCCAUGAAUGCAUACGCAUGUUGACAAACCGCAUGACACAAUACGCCACCAACCCAAAAUAAAAAAAAAAAACAACAGCGCCACCAGGAGCGGCGGGAGCUGCCGCAGCUGCGCCACCGGUCGCACCGAUCGCACCGUUCUGGCAAGAACAAGAGGACCUACCCAAUCCGCAGCCAGGUACCUUGCAAGUUUUUUUCUUUCCGUCAGCAUGAUUGGAGGAGGAGGUCCCAGUGCACUGACUUCUUGCUUGCGACAAACCCAAGGAUUUGGCGCACGCUCGCAUCUUCCCAAAGAGAUGCAACAGGCGCGGCGCCGUUGUAAAGCCUGAACUGACAAUUUCUAUAACUCAACUAUACGAUUAGAUGUUGUAGUCGAGACAAUGAGGUGCAGGUGGAGUACUAAGAUUAGCAUGAAGAAAGAAGCCAAGUAGCGCUUGUCCACGACUUCUACUCGAAUGCCUGCUCAAGGGAUCGAUGGGGCGACUAAUUGGACUACUAGCAAAUUAAUGUUGCUCACAGGAAAUUUCGAUGUUCCGUAUGCAUACUCGUAGAAAUGUGGUUUCUGAAUGAAAAAAGGUUCUUUCGAUCCUAUUUAUUGAGCAGCAGCGUCCUCACGAGUGGCAUGCUCUAUGUACGAAAAAAACUUGACGACAUUUAUUCUUGUGAUGCAUUUAUAUGCGAAAUUACUAUCUCUUCCCUCGCAGGAGUCGACGAGCAAGGUGCGACCCCCUCGGAUAAGGGUGUUCGCGAGCCGAACCAGCGCGGGAAGUGGAUGGGCUACGACGUGAACGAUGCCAUGGAUCCCGGGCAAGAUAGAGGCAGUGGCUUCGUUUUUGCUGCCAGAUUCAAGGACGACUUGGAAACCGGGGCAAAGGGGGUGGCGCUCGCGUAUCCAAGGCAAGACGGGGUGGAAAAGGGAAAAGUAAAGGUGUUGAUCGUGCCAUUCAAGCCCGGGGGGGAGGAGUCUCCCGUGCGGAUCGAAAUGGUCUCGGCGGACGACCUCGUUCUCUCGCUCGCGUUGCCGCAGCUCGGAUAUGGACGCGGAAGUAAAGCGACACUGGAAAACGCUUUGCUCGGCCCGGAUUCCUAUGCAAUGUAAAAAUGUCUGUGUCUGGAAGGUUGCAACCUGUAAUGCUAAUUCUGGAUCGUGCAAAAAUCUGUGUUGCAUGAAUGCCAAAAGCUGUCCACUUUUGACCAAGUUGAGAGGAAGUUUCUCAUGCAGGAUAGGCACGGUACGGAUCUCACAGAAUCUGUCAUGCUAGGUCUCGCAUUCCAGACCUCAUGGCUUAUGCAAAACGUGCAUGACAAGUCUCAGAACCUUCCAGACCCAGACAUUUUUGCAUUUCAUAAUUCCAUGGUGCGCGGGGUGUCGGUGAAAUUUUCGGACCACGGACAAGACGCAAAAGAGAUUUUUUUCUCCGCGGCCGCGUGCGCCAGGUCCUUCGGGUGGACAGCGGGGUUUUACGUGCAACAGCCUGACUAUGGGAGUGUAGUCAGGAUUGAAAUCGACAAAGUUGAAAUAACUUAUAAUGCAUAAAGCCGAUACCAGUUGGAGGCCUAAUUUUAAAGCGGUGCAUGACAAAUUUCGGCACCGUCUAAAGUCAGUUUGUUACGCUGUUUGGGCACAGAAGACGGCUUUUGUCAUGCUAGUUUAGUAGCUCUAUUUCAAACCCUAAACAGGCUCACAAUCGCCCUCACUUGCCAUCCCGGCAAGACAGGCACUUCAUGCCUUGCAUUUUCUGCAUGACAAGUUAUUUUUUCAACUUUGUCGAUUUCAAGAUCAAGCCUGACGCUUCCAUACUGACGCCGGUGGCGCGGCACCAGCCACGGAGAAGCCGAAGUUCGCCGCCGCAGAUGUUGUGCUGCGUGAUCCUGCGACAAGCACUGAUUUGGAAGUCCACGUUUUGGAGGCUGUCGGAUGGCCUUACGGACGCGGCGGGGACGGACUCGAUUAUGCGCUCAAUAAGUUGCCUUUGCCACUAACGAUCGGCGAUGCUGACGGUCUCGACACCAAACCCAGGACGACUCUGUUCGCACAAAACGCGUUUUUCUACAUCUUGCAGCAGACAGAAGACGCAUCCAUGGUAAAUAUGCAACUGCGGAGCUUUCGGCGUAUGUGUCCUGGCAACUUUGAGAAAGAGGUGUGCCGUAUCCUCAAUGAAAACGUCUUAGACCAACCAGUUUCAGCUUGGGAACUCUGCAACACAAAUCCAGAAGUUUUGGAAGUCACGAGUGUGUGGCCGCAACUUCGUCUCUGUAUUGUGGCGCAGCUGGCUAGCAAGGACAGUCGGGCCAUGAUAUCCAUAUCCUGUGUAGUGCUCACAGCAUUACAAAUGCCAAGGCACGAUUGAAAAUGGCACUCAUGAGAAUGCGCAUUACGAGAAGGGUGCCUGUGAUUGCGUGAAAUCUACUGCAUUACAAGUCUGGGGUGGGGACGUUUUUUGCGCAGGAUAUGCCAGGGUGAUCAAAGCAAAGCAAAACAUGAAAAGCACAAAGGCUCCAGCUGCAGCGCGGGCUGGAGUGGGAUUCCAGACUUCGGGCAGUUCUCCGUCAUGACGCAUUGGCGGGACAGAUUCUUGACGGGGCUGAUUAUCAAUCCAGAUGUAUCAUGUGCAUUUGGCAUCCCAACAUGCCGCCACAUCUUUAUGGGUCUCCAAGGCCGCGGCUAUUGCAUGCGCUUGAGGUCCUGUUGCAAUAUGACGCGCCGCGGCUCGUCAAGCUUUUGCCCAAUUACUCCAAAAUGCUCAUAACUCACGAUGCAGGUAAGCGCUUCACACUGGUACAACUUUUAGUAUACAAAUAAGAGGAUCUGGGCCGGGCUGUGCGUCAUGUCUUUUAUGUGCAGCUCGAGGGCUUGUGCGGUGCGAGCUUGGCUUGUUUUAUACGUCGGAAAACCGGCUCAAGGAGGUGGUAGCAUUCGCUUGCAGCCUGAACACAAGCCGAGCACUCGCAUCACAAUAGCCCUCCUUCGAGUAUACCUUACAACUUCUUCGCGCUAGUAAAUAAGUUUUCAGAAAAAUCUUUGACGUUCGCUGUGGCCUGAAGUAUCAAAACAAAAAUGCCUUCCUCCUCAUAAUUUUAAACACCAUGGGAGUAAGAAAAAUGGUUUACGAGGGCAAUCGAGAGCGCUUGGUUCUAUUUUGUAGACGAUUUGUUUCUGUUCUUGUCUAGUUUGCAGACGAUUUCUACUGAGCCAGCAUCUGUCUUCAUGCCGCAUAACCAGAAUUCGACUCGCCGCACAGGCUAGAAAUCCGAGGGCCUGCUCGUCGCUGCAACACGACAAACUAAUUUGUGUACUACACAAAUUAUUUGAUCAUGCUUGAUCAGAAAUUUCUUUUUGAGCAGUAUGAGGAGGGGGGCAUCUUCCUCACAAUAAUUCGGAUGAUAUUGGCACAUCAUACACUAUGGUACAUGCCGCGUAUGCUAUGCGCGAUCACGUACACUCGGCUAGUUUGUUAGAAUGGGGCUGCGAAAGCCGUGAAAUGACCAAGACUACCUCGAUACAAGAGCAAACCCAGCAGGGAACGUACUACGGUCGAAAAAAUCAUUACGGUCACCUCAAGGGCAGCACGAAGAUUGAGGCCGACUACUCGAAGUACGAUUUAUCCACAGCAAAGAGAUCUGGGUCUGGAAGAUUGCCAGGUUUCUCGUGCAUAUUUUGCAUGAUCCAUGAUGCCUGUCGUGCAUGGCCGAGCUUCCCACAUUUGUGGAGUGCUUUCUGAUGCCUAUGCCGCAUGUGUAGAAAUGCCGUACCCGCGUAGCACAAACUAGACUUCUGUAACUUGGUGGUCAUGCUACACAGAUUUUUUUAGAAUUGAAAGACAGGCAGCGUCACACCAGGCCUAGACAUAAUAAGUAUUUGCAUUGCAUACGAUUUGUUGAAAGACGAAUGGAGGGGUCCUCUGAAAACGAAAGAGAUCGGUAGCCUUGAUCGUUUCGCGAGGAGUAGUGCUGACGAGCAAGCGAAAACGACGAAUGAGGCCAUUGUGUGCCAACGUAGCGAGGCCGACAACCCGGUCGAGGGUCUCCUGCUCCUCCUCCCGAAGCCCGAUCAGCAACUGGUGGGAGGAACCUCGGCACCGUUUGCGAAGCCCAACGAGGCGAUGAAGUUUCGGGACUUCCUAGAAAAGUACAAACAUCUGCGACUUUUCCUGCGCGGGCCGGACAACGAACCCUUCAACAUGCGUGUGUUCGACAACGCAGAGGGGAAAAAACUCUUGAACAAGCUGGCAACGGAGGACGAGCAGGCGAAGAUUACGUGGGAGGCGCUGGUUGGUGGAAAAGUUGGCGGUAAUCAAGGAAAAAGGAGCCAGUCACGAUGUGCCUUUCGCGUUUUUUAUUUUUUGCCACGGCAUUGGUAUUUGAAUUUCGUUUGUCAUCAAGAUAUGCAUUUGUUGUGUCUGUGUGUAUAGGAAGUCGAUGAAAACAACAUUAUAUAUAAUUGUCUUUGUCGAUGUUUUGUACCAUGACGCCUUGAUGCAGUCGCUUCUGUAGAAGUGAGAUGGCAAGCCGCGAAAAGCGUUUCCUCAGCACGGGAUAUCCUGAGUAAAAACAUCCCCACACCAGGGUCAAGAUGGGGAUUUUGCAACACAAACCUAGAACUUUUGGGGGUCACGCAUCACAAGUUGCAGUCCGUAGUGUAGCGCAGGUUCGCAAGGCCAGCUGCAUCAGAAAUCCAUCUGCUCAUCCUGUUUACAGCAUUACAAAUUCCAAAACACGACUAAAAUAAAAUGCCUCUCCUGGCGAUGCGCAUUACAAAUGUUCCUGUCAUUGCAAAUCUGCAUGACAACUCUGGUGUGGGGACGUUUUUACUCAGGAUACGGGAACUGGCGUGCUUAUAUAGCAUGAGCGAUCCUCGUGAUGAAGUUUCUUUCUUGCAUAUGAGAGUGCACAACUCACCCUCCCCCUCAUUUGUAGGGCAUGAGGAGCAAUACAAGCGUCGGCAAGAGUGCAGGCUUUGCAUGACGAAUUCGCCCCGGAUGGUAGGGUUGUUUGGGCUGCCAGAAUCUGUCAUGCAAAGAAGUGCCACGAGGCAAACGGAAAGGCGCGUUUGGUAUUCAACAUGACAAAUGAAGAGGGGGAGGGGGAGUUGUGCACCCUCAUAUUGCAUACCUGGCAUCGAGAAGCCUCGGGUCUGGAGGGGAGAGAUGCGCCCGCCAACAGGGAAUGGGGAUUAGGUAUCCUGGGUAAAAACGUCUCCAUCUUCCGGUAGUUGUCAUGCGAACUUCUUUUUUUCGUAGGCGUACUAUCUAGUUUGUUUUCAUGGCUGCACUUUGAUUUUUUCUUUCUGUUUUUGAGUAAGUGUAAGUGACUGCUUUUUUCGAUUAAGUACCUGAGGUUGCUCGGCUUUCACUUUGACAUGAUAAUCUUGAGUUUUUUUGAACAUAGUUCCUUCUGACGUAAUUUUUUCACCACGAUCGAUUCGCUAUUAGCUUUUCUCUUUUGUUUUUGUCGAUGUAUGUCAUCCUACUUUCUCCAAGCGUUUCGGUUUGACUUUCAAGACUCCCAACUUACUCAUAAGCCUACUUUCAUUCGUGCUUCCCCUUUCCAAGUAAGUACUGCGCGAGACACUGUUCUUCACUUCCACAGCAUGUAGCAAAUCGAUAAAAUAAAAAAUCCACAAACAUGAUCAAGAGAGCACGAAUAAAAGCAGAAGAAACCGCUCUUCCCUCUCAAGCUCUACGGCAUUCCUUCUUUUUUUCGCACACUUUCGAAAACAGAAACUCAAAAAAGAAUAGAGCUUUUCUAAAUUUUUCAAACAUUUUUUUCGCUAACAACCAACAUUCAUAUCAGUUUUAAUACGUUUUUUGCAGAUGCAAACGCCGCCCUAUUCAUUUUGUCACUGCAAGGUGGAAGCAGCUUCGUGUCACAGCCCCCGUCGCAGUUCGCAGGUGAAAAAUCUAUCACCGAAGCGCCACGAUAAGCUAGUCUACUACCGCAGUAGUUGCAGUUUCUAUUAUUUUUAUUCUAUUUGAAAUACUAGGCCUGUUGUUCCUGUUGUAGCAGGCGUAUUUUUGAUUAUGUUGUCAGAAGUUGAGCGAGGUUUGACUUGAUACUCCUGUAUGAUUUUCAACAUGAUCUUUACACUUCUGUUCAAAAAGCGCCGAACGGGAAAAAGAACGCACGAACCUUUUCAAUAGCAAAUUGUUGGUGUAAGAAUGAACGUUAAGAGGCUGCAUCAAGAGAGCCGAAAAUGGCAU